AUGAGUAAAUUAGUAAAAGAAGAACCAGAAUCUACCUCCAAAUACGUUCCAAAAAUUUCUAAGAUUUCAUUUUUACUUAAAAGACGUUUGCCUGUUAAAUUAAAGACUAAAAACUGGCAUGGUCAUUUUUGUCUUGAACCCAUUUCAUUUGAAAAUAUACAUAAAAAUCAGCAAAAUACUAUAGAUAUAUUAGAUAAAAAUACAACCCCACUAAUUCAUUCGUCUUUACUUUCAGCAAUUUUAGUAGCUAAUGUUCAGAUAUGUAAUAUUCCUUUUUGGAAAUGUUAUGGACCUCAAUUGCAGGUUUGUGCAGCAGAUAAGUACAUAAAGGCAUAUUUUGCACGUUGGGAAUCUAAACGUGCACCAAGUGGUGAUUCUUUAUCAGGCUGGGUUCUUCAAUGGUCAGAUGGUACACGUGCUCUUCUCUAUGGCCAUUCGUUACCAGGGCAACCAUUUCGUAUUUUAUGUAGUUUCUUUAAUCCAAGCAAAUUCAUUGCACGUGUAGCAGAAAAAAACAAGCAAUCAUUACAACGGUUAAUUAUGGCAGCUUUACGUUUACGAGGAAUUGAACGGACACAUGAAGAAUUUAAACAACUUUAUCAACAUAUAUGGAUGGCAACAAUUUUUGCAUGUAGACAAAAUAUUAAUCAACAAUGGAUUCCUAUAGAUAAACAACAAUGGAUCAUUGAGCGAUUCGUUGGAACUUUUCUUCUUGAAGAAAUUCCUUCGUAA